AUGUGGCUGCACACUCGUGGAGCUCGAGCAGCAGCGUGCAAGAAGCGAAACACACAGGUGGGUCAAGGCUUGGCCCAAGCAGAUAGUGCUCAAAGAGCCUCACUGUCAACUCCACUCUCUUCAGUUGGCGAAGAAGACGACACAGGCUGUGUCGUCGUGGAUUUGUGGAAUGCGUCGACAGUAGCUAGUGCCGAAGACGAGAGCAAAACCUCCGUAUACAUCGCAGCCACCAUCCAAUCAAAGACCGACCCGCUCCGAUACCAUAACGUGAACUGCACGAAGGCGGGCAGCAGUCAGAAUACCAGUUCACGUGGCCAUCUUGAGCACAUUUUCCGUUAUGCUGCAAAGGAAUAUUUCAACGUGGAAGUGAAUGGACCACUUGAGUACGUUGUGGGUCGCAAUCCGGACUUUCGUGAAGUCUCGCUGGUUGUAGAAGGCAAAGAAGUGCAAAAGCUCGCUGUCGCGUACGGGCUCCGCAACAUCCAGUCGAUCAUGACGAAGAUCAGGAGAAACCGGUGUCCGUAUCACUACGUCGAGAUCAUGGCAUGUCCAAGUGAAUGUCUGAAUGGUGGCGGCCAGAUCCGACCAAAGUCGACGGUGCUGGCUUCGGAAUUGCUUGACAAUGUCACGAGCCACUUCCAGGAGCUGUGUAGCCUCGGUGUAACCCUCGUGAUCGACUCGAUAUGCAGUGGAGACUUUGCACUGCUCGAAUCUCGCGCAGAAUUCCUGCACAGAUACCGUAAUCAACAGAAGACUAUCUGGGCUCGACCACCGUCUUUUGUAGCUGUCUUGUCCGCUAAGACCGAGUUCUUGGAGCCUAGUACAACUGCCAAUCCGCUGCAAGACCCGCUUCGAGCGAUGCCAGUGCUAGCAUCAUCGUGUCCUGGAUGGAAUAUGCUGAAAAGUCUCAACCGAAUGCCAUUCCGUUCAUUGACACGACGAAAUCGCCGCAACAAAUUGCUGGCUCGAUCAUCAAGCGCUUCAUAA